GGAAGAGGGGAGGGCGAAGACCGGGAAGAGGCAUACAGCUGAUAGCCGUGGCUGAUAGUCCAACCCCGGGAGCUUUAGGAGCGGCGCGGAAAGCACAGUAAAGAAGGGCAGGCUGACUGAGAGGUGAAGCAUGAGGCCGAUGCUGCUCCCGCUCGCCCUGUGGCUGGGCACAGUGGGCUUGGGCAGGGCUGAGCUCUCUGCGGCCCAGCACCAGGGUCUGCAGGUGGCCCUGGAGGAAUUCCACAAGCACCCGCCUGUGCAGUGGGCCUUCAAGGAGACCAGUGUGGACAGUGCCAAGGACACGCCAUUCCCAGCUGGGACGUUUGUGAGGCUGGAAUUUAAGCUCCAGCAGACAGGCUGCAGGAAGAAGGAUUGGAAGAAACCCGAGUGCAAAGUCAAGCCCAAUGGGAGGAAGCGGAAAUGCCUGGCCUGCAUCAAACUGGACCCCGAGGGUAAAGUUCUGGGCCGGAUGGUCCACUGCCCCAUACAGACACAGGCUCCACAGCAGGCGCCUGAGGAGCACCAGGAGGCCCAGUGUGGCCGGGUGGAGCGGACUGGUGAGGAUCCCCACGGCUACUACUUCCCUGGACAAUUCGCCUUCUUCAAGGCCCUGCCCCCCCAUUGAGCCCUGGACUAGGAGGCUAGGAGGGAGGGAGGACAAAAUUCAGGAAUUCAGUUCCAGUUCCUGGGCAACUGCGGGAAGUAAAAAGUGAAAGAAUCCCUUCCCUGCACCCAGAAAGGGCAAAUCCUAUUACAUCUCAAGCUAAUAAAACUGCUCUCAGAGCUGUGUUCUCUC